UUUGACUGCCUGCGUGCUGACGUCACGCUCAGAGCGUCAGCCAACACGUGUCGUAUUCCGGGUUUCAGAAUAAAACGCCUUUUUCCUGCCUGCGGUGUCCUCGUGCAGUCUGCGGUGUUUUCUGUCAGUCAGCAGCAGGAUGUCGACCACAUCCCAGAAACACCGGGACUUUGUGGGCGAGCCGAUGGGCGACAAAGAGGUGACGGCGCUGUCGGGAAUCGGAGAGAUUCUGGGGAAGAAGCUGGAGCAGCAGGGCUUCGACAAGGCCUACGUGGUUCUGGGUCAGUUCCUGCUGCUGAAGAAAGACACCGAGAUGUUCACCGAUUGGCUGAAAGACGCCAGCGGCGCCAACUCUCGCCAGGCGGGAACCUGCGCUCAGUGUCUGAAGGAGUGGUGCGACGCCUUCCUCUGAGACUCCUCCUCUUCCUCUUCCUGUUCCUCCCCGGCUCGCUCACUUCCUGUCUCUGAAGCGCCUAUCCGAGCAGGUCACCGCUGUCUUACCGGCGGCUGGGAAGCGUCUCCGGUGGACUUUUGGCGGCUUCCUGCGCGUUUCUCUUUCGGGGAACGUUUCCACGAAGCUUUCUGUGUGUUUGUCUGCGGAGGGUUUGGUGUGUUCAGGGUCUGUGGGAACUUUUACGCUUGUGACACAUUAAACUAACGUCUGAGCAUUA